AUGGUCUCAACUCGCAACCAACGCAAAGCUUCUGGAGAAGAACUUUUAGGUCCUUUGCUCGUACACCGAAAGCCAAGGUCCAAGAGAGACAAUAUGACUGGAGAAAACAAACAGGAUACAUCUAGUGAUGGCGAUCGCAUCACUAAACUUGAGCAACAAGUUGAAAACUUGUCUGCAUCAAUCCUUAAACUCGUGGAGAGUUUGAAGACUGGAAAAUCUUCACGUCCAUCAACUUCAUCUGAGCCUGAUCAAAAGCUCAAGAAAAAGGUUGUUGAGGAUAGCGAAGAUGAAGACGACAUACAAGCUGAUCCAACGAAAAAGGAAGCUGAAUCAGGUGACAAUAAAAAUUCUAUUGAUACCUUAAAGAUUGAUUUUAAGGUUGACAUCCCUAUUUAUAAAGGAGAUAUUGAUCCUGAAAAGCUAGAUAACUGGAUAGACACAUUAGAAACUUAUUUCACAGUUUAUAAGUAUUCUAAUGUGCAAAAAAUAAAAUAUGCGAGUUUGAAACUUUCAAGCCAUGCCCUUACAUGGUGGAAGUCCUAUCAGAGACGGUAUGAUGUCUCAGAAUUGACUUGGAAGAACUUCAAGAAGCUUUUGAGAAAACAAUUUUAUCCAGUUGGCUAUGAAGAUGAAAGAUGGUAUAAGUGGCAACACUUCAGACAAAGAUUUGGGCAGCCUGUACAAGAGUAUACAACAGAGUUCCACAACCAAGCUAUGGUUCUGGACAUUGACGUUGACGACUACGACGUUUUCAUGAAGUAUACCGGAGGUCUUGCCGACUACAUACGGAAAGAACUAAAAUUGUUCACCGUAGAUACUAUUGAAGAUGCUACUAAAAAGGGGAAGCAGAGCAAGGAAGGUCAGACACAGAAUGUCUACUGUGAUCACUGUCAAACCAGCAGACAUGCCAAAGACAAGUGCUGGAUACUCCAUCCAGAGUUACGGCCAAAGCGCGAGAAAAACAACCAGGGGAGAAAUGACAGAAAAGCCACCUUAACUGCACAACGGGCAGAAGAGCUUCCAGAGUUGAAGCAACCUGAUGUUACACUUACCCUUAUGACAAGACCAGCAGAUACUGAAGACACGUACAACCGUGAAGAGCUGUUUCAUGUGAAUAUCCAGGUGAAGCAAAGUGUUGUACAAGCUAUUAUUGACCCUGGAAGUCAGAAAAACCUGAUUUCAGAGGCUUUAGUAAGAACAGUGGGUUUAAACACCACACCACAUCCUAAGCCGUACCCGUUAGGAUGGAUUCAGAAGGAUGUUGACUUACAGAUCACGAAGCAAUGUACCUUCAAAUUUGCUAUCACCAAUCGAUAUAUCGAUGAGGUGACAUGUGAGGUGGUUCCUUUGGAUGUUUGCCAAGUCAUAUUAGGUAGUCCAUAUUUAUGGGACCGAGAUGCCAUCCAUUAUCGAAGGCUUCGCAAGUAUCGACUUGUGAAGGAUGGGAAGGAGUUCCACAUCAACGCUUGCAAGCCUCAAGCUACAAAUAAUUUGCUUACAGAUAAUUUGCUGACAGCUAACCAAGCCAAGAGGUUAGUCAAUUCAUGUGGGCGAUUCGUUUUGUUGAUGAUUCGACCGCAAGAUCAGAGUUCUAGAGCUGUGACAUUGUCUACAUUGUCUUUAUCUCCUGCACAAUGCUCAGACAUAGGGAAAUUACAGGAGAAGUUCAAGGACUUAUUUCAUGAUGUGCAGGGUUUGCCACCACGGAGAGCUGUGGAGCAUGAGAUCCAGUUGGUAGGAGAUUCACCUCUACCAAACUUGGGUUUGUAUCGUACUUCUGUGACGGAAUCUGACGAGAUCAAGAAGCAAAUUCAAGGACUUCUUGAACAAGGAGUCAUCAAACCCAGCUGCUCACCAUGUGGUUCGCCAGUGUUACUUUGUCGAUCGUGUGGGGGGUAG